AUGCCAACAAGCAAGAAAUUGAAACGGGACUUGUCCGCCUCACCGGAGACAAAUGGGACCGAUGCAUCUCAGAACCCUUUGUCAAAACAUCCUCCAGAAUUAUUGAAUCUCAAAUGCGCACCAAAAAGCAAGAAGUUGAAAACCCAGGACUCCUCCGCCUCACCGGAGACGAAUGGGUCCGAUCUACUUCUGCAACUUCCUCGAGAAUUACGGGAUCCCAUCUUUGCAGAACUUCCCUUAAAAGACAUCAAGAAUCUCCGACAAUCAAGCAAAACGGCGAACGAGAUGACGAGCUUUCGGAUAUUCCGGCGCGUGUUUCUUUCUCGAAAUCCACGCAACAUCGAGGUCUUCCUCCAAAUCGCCAAUCAUAAGCACUACAGGUUACAAGUUGAGGAGAUUGUAUUGGACGAGGCAUUUCUCACUGAAUACUCUGACCAGACGCGAGACCGCUUUCAACGAGGAAGAGAGGUCAAUAUCAGGGCAAGACGCCGCCGCGCAGACGAAAUCCCCCCCACUCGAGAUUCAGGCAAAGAAGCCACUGCCGUGUGUGAGGCACAGCGUCUUUUGAUUCAGGAUAAAAAACAGGACACGGAGAAAAACAAGGGAAACGAAGAAAAGGAAGAAGGCCAGAAAAGCGCGGCUGAAAAGCAAAGGGCUUGGGUGGCUCUGGUCAAAGAAGCCACUGCCGUGUGUGAGGCACAGCGUCUUUUGUUUCAGGAUAAAAAACAGGACACGGAGAAAAACAAGGGAAACGAAGAAGGCCAGGAAAGCGCGGCUGAUAUAGAGCAAAGGGAUUGGGCGUUCUAUCAAGGUCUGCUCAAAGAGCAGACUUCGAUCUAUUACGAGCAUGGUGAAGAGUUUGACCAAGAUUAUGUCGCGCUACGUCAUGGCUUGGCUCAUUUCACAAAUCUCAAAGCAAUUAUCAUCACGUCAAACGCCCAUGGUCAGCUCUUCAUGCCAGAGUACCAGACACCCAUCAUGCGGAAAUUCCCACCCGACUUCAACUACCCUUUGCCAGCAUCCAACAUGUGCGGGAAGGCGCACAAGAAGAACCAGCAUUGGCCCACGGCCGCACGAGUCGAUGCAUCGCCGGGCGAGGUCGCGCCCCUGCCAUUCGCAUACCCCCCCAAGUCGCAGUGGAAUGGGCUUUGCAAGGUCAUAGAAGCGCUGGACGCAUUACCCGAAAACCACAAACUGACGAAACUUGUGGUGGGGAUAUCUCAGGUGGAAAUGGGAGUGGAGCCCAAAUGGAUUGCCCGCAGAUCCCCAUUCUACGAAAAGUUUAUCAAGCUGAUAUCUAGACCCCAAUUCCGGGAGUUAGGUCUCAUGCUUGAGAUAACCCAAACCGAGUAUGAAAGGCUGCAGCAGCUUUUGACAAGGUAUGAAGAAGCUACACAGAUGGGGGAGGUACCGCGCGAGCUCAUGGCUUGGGAAGUCAUAGCAGCAGUGCCGCAUAUCGAGUCAUUGAGCCUGCGGCAGAUGCCAUGCACAGCAGAAGCUUCAAGCUUGUGCCUCCCGUUACAGCUCAUUUUCCCUCGCUUUACUCAUCUAAAGUACUUGAGGCUAUGGUCUUUCACGGCCACAACGCUCGAUCUUAUUGACUUCUUGUCCGGGAUGCCGAAAUCGUUGAAGCGCGUCGACCUUGUGGACACGCUUCCGGCCUACGCCCACUCCGCGUCGGAGAACCUUGACCCCCAGGAGCUACUCAGAGGCAUGCUUGAAGUAAUGAAGGCCAAAUCCUUGUGGAAAACUUGGCCGGCAAACGCACGCCCCAACCUGCGCAUUGCUCGGUGCUUGGGCUUCGCCCCGUACUACCAGCAUUGUUUCAAAACCGAGGUCGACGCCUUCUUACACGGCGACGGCCCAAAUCCUUUCAGGGGAUCGGAAGAUGGCGACCCUUUGUCUCCUCGCACCGAUGAAGUGAAAGGCGUGAUAAGGGGGACUCGUUAUCCUUCGUUUGAGAUACUAGCAUCCUGUAUCCGCCCCGAGUGGCUGGCCCGGCUUUGGGCCGGUCAAGAUUUGAGAGGUCUGAACGGAUCAUCGGAUGAUGAUUUGAGCGAAACAACGGAUGCGACGGUGAGCAAGUCGGUCAAGUAUCCGGUCACAGACGGACAAGGAAACGGGGAGCGAUGCGUCGGCGCGCCGAGGUGGUCGAGGGCAGGGAGCCCGCGUGCUGACUCCGACCGUGAGGCGCCGUCGAAAAGCCUCGUUGCCACCAGCAGAUUCCAAAUGCCCGUGACCGCGAGUUCCUGA